AUGACAGCUCCAGUUCGUGUCCCGCACGUUGUUCACUCGUUGCCCAUGUCUGGUUGCAUGUCUGUGCUUGCAUCCAACACCGCACGAAGAUGGGAAGCGCAACUGCUGCUGGGUCUUGAUGCGGUCAUGCAAUAA